UCUAUUAUUGAAAAAUUGCAAGAAUUAUUACCGGUGCCGCCACUUGCCAAAGCACCAAUACGUCCCGAUAUUAAUUUAACCACUAAUCAAAAACGGGCUAAGAGAAAAUCAAAAUUCACCCAAAGACAAGAUGAAUUGAUUGUAUCCCUCAAAAGAAAGGGCAAGUCUUGGGUUGAAAUUGCAGAAAUUACCGAAGUUGGAUCAUAUUUGGCUGCUAGAAAUCGAUAUCAGGUGAUUGUGGGACAACAGGGGAAUAAUAAUUCAUCAUCUUGGAAUCAAGAAGAUAAAGUAUUAUUGAAAAAAAUAUUGGAUAGCGCAGAAAUCGAAAAAUGGCAAUUCAUCGCUAACGAGUUUAAUAAAGCAACCGGUAAAAAUUAUACCGACGUGGAUUGUAGGGAUUUCAUUAAGUUACUCUUUUGGAUGAAUCCAUUGAACUUCCAAAUUAAUGAAGAUACACUUAUUGAGUGUGAAAAAGAACAUAAAAUCACCGAAAAGGCAUUGGAGUCG